AUGCUUUGGAUCUUCAUACUGACGAAUUCGAGAACUUUGACAGAGUACGUUAAGAUUCGACAGAUUGGUGCAAUUGGAAAUGGAUUGAAUGGUACUUAUGGGAGAGUAGAAGGGAAUAAUGGUACGUAUGGGGCAGUAGAAGAAAAUAAUGGUACAAAUGGUACGCUUGGUCAGACCAGUAUGGCACAAAAGACAACUGAAAGUACUAAAGGUGUCAAUGGUACUGCUGCAGCUACUAAGAGGUUGAAUGGUACUAGACAUUCAAAUGAAAGAGCAAAUGCUACUAAUGGUGCAGGCAGAAGAAUAAUUAGUACUAGAAGUUCACAUGGAAGGUCAAAUGGUACUACUGGAGCAAGUAAAAGACUAAAUGGUACUCAUGAUGAAAAUAGAACGGCAAAUGGUACUAGUAAUCCAAAUGGAAAGUUGAAUGGUACAAAUAGUGCUAAUUGGACGCUGCUUGGAACUAAUGACAUACCUGGUCCAAAUUGGAAAUUUAAUAUCACUAAUGGUGCAAAUUGGAAUUUUAAUGGUACUGCUACUAGAAGUUGGACAUUUAAUAGUACAAAUGGUGCAAAUCAAAAGCUCCAUGACACUAAUUACCUAGGCUUAAAGUUAAGUGGUACUAAUGGUGCAAGAUGGAAUCCAAAUGGUACUUAUGAUACAAAUUGGUCGUUUAAUGGUCUUGAUGACACAGAUGAAUCAAUUGGUCAUAUCAGGGCUAAAAGAUCAAUCCAAGUCAAAAAUGGUAAGACUGGACCCAGUAGAACAGCUGUCAACAAGAACAAAGUAAUUGUCAAAUUAGGUCAGAUCAACAGCUUAAUUCAAGGCAUAAACGGUACCAAUAAGACGUUCGCAAUGAAAAAUGGUCAAAUUGGAACAAUUGUCAAACUCAACAAUGGCACCAGUAUCAUAUCAAUAUCUCCGCCAAAACAAAAGCAUCGAAAAUUUAGUGUAAAUACUACUGUAGAUGAUGGUAUCGACUACUCACAGCCAGUAAAUGAGACCGAUUUGAGGUUGUACAAGGAGUUACCAAGAGCUGAAGAUGUGUUUGUGUCAGAAGCGGCUAGGGAGUUGGUGAAGAAGAACUUUAGCCAUAUUUACUUCUAUGUGCUCACUCAUACCAAGAAUCAUCAAACUAAGGUAGGUUGGGUAAGGUGAGGAAGGGUAGGGUAGGUCAAGUAGGGUAAAGUGAGAUAGGGCAAGUAGGGUAGGGAAAGUUACAGUAAAGUAGGGUAGAGAAAGGAAGGGUAGGGUAAAGCAGAAUAGAAUGAAAUAUGAUAGACUAUACCUUGCCCUACCCUGCCUCACCCUACUUUAUCAAGCCUUAAGUUAACCUGCCUUACCUUAUCAUGCCCUACGUUAUCACAAGUUGCUUUACCCCGCCCUACCUUAUCAUGCCCUACUAUAUCAUGCGCUGCCUUACCAUAUCAUGACCUACCUUAUCAUGUCCUACCUUAUCAUGUCCUAACUUAUCAUGCCGUAACUUAUCAUUUCUUCUUUUUUUCUCAAAAAACUUUUUUUUUUCAUUUCCAGGUCCCAGCGUCCCACCAAACCUGGAUGCGUCACGUCGAUUACGCCGAAUUCCACACCUUUACCAAAAUUGACGACCAAAACAUACCAUACAGAACCCUAUACACUGGUCUAAAAGAAGAUCGAACCGAUUUAUGGUGCCAGAUGAAACGAUCCAUCCAGUAUAGUUAUCUGAAUGUGUCAAAGGAAUUCAACUGGUAUAUCAAAGUAGAUGACGAUACCUAUGUCAUCGCUGAGAAUUUGAACAAAUUUUUAAAGACGUUGGAUCCAAACAAGCCUAUUUAUGCCGGUUCACACUUUAAACUUUAUGUGGUAGGCUUAUAUUUUGAAAUUUUGCUUGUUAGGUACCAAAAAAUAGGUUGAGGGUUUUCGUGGUGGGACCCAAAAAUGACUUUUAAUAAAUUAAGCCUAGUAAAAAAUGGUUUAAAAACAGAAGUUUAAGUAAGAAAAAUUGAAUUUGAAGGUUUUCGUGCCGGGACCCAUUAAAAAAACGUUUUUCUGAAUAAAUAAAUAAAUUUUAGGCUAAUGGAUACGUUGCUGGUGGCCUUAUCAUUCUAAGUCGAAGCGCUGUGGAACUACUGGUAUAUCACGUGUUUCCCCGCAUUAACAGUAGCUGUAAUGAGUAUGGGUCUGGCGAUGUUGAACUUGGAAUGUAAGGUUUUGUUUUUAGGCUUAAAAUUAGUCCUAAACUUUGAUUUUUAAGCCUAAAAUUUGAUUUUUGAGCAUAAAGCUAUAUUUUUGUCUAAAAUUUCAAUGGUAAUCCUGAAAUUCCAUUUUAAGCCUAAAUUUCAUCUUUAAGCCUAAAAUUUCAUUUUUAAGUCUAAAAUUAAAUUGGAAGCUUAUUCAAUAUCACACCGUUUCAGCUACCUAGAAAAAAUACAAGUCUACCCAUUUCAUUCACGAGAUUCAGACGACAAAGGACUGUUCCAUAUGUACAAGGCUCGAGAAACGUAUUAUGGAUAUAAUCAAACACACAUCAAGUUUGAGAAGUUCUACAAAGACCAAAUGAAGCCAAAAUACGAAGAGUUUUCUCGAGAUUCGAUCGCCUUCCAUCAUCUCACUGCAAACGAACUGUUUUUGUCAGAAGUCUUGACGUAUAUCGUCAAAAAGGAUUAGUUGUUGUAGGUCUUGUUGGUAUUAGAAUGUUUAUAAUAAAAUUUUUGAUAUUUUAAUAUCUUAGUUUUAAAAGAUAGAUUAACGCAGGAAAUGCUAAUAAAGACGAUUGAAAGACAAGGUUUUCGUAAAAAUUCCAUUAACUUUAAAAGAAACAGAAUGUUACCUAAACCAACAUAAAAAGCCCAGAAUCUUAACGUAAUCCAUGCUAAAAGAUCCAAGAACGUCACAAAAGCUUUAAACAAUAUUUAUCUACCAAUUCAUCCUUCAUUGCCCAGGUAUAAAUCUAAAAACGCAACAAAAAACAUCAAAAUCUUACCCACCAUCUCCAUAUUAUCUUUGAUUUUCUUCAACCGGCCAUAAAAUCCAAAUAAGAGUUGAAAUACUGAUUGAAAGGUGUCCAAAACUUCCUGAUAACUUUGUGUAUCCUUAGCGAAGUCCAAAAAAAAUGUUUUUUCCUGAUUUUUUUUCUAAUUUUCUUGAUUUGAACAAAGUUUUAGCGCGAAACUGUUUUCGGGCCGGGAAAUUUUUGGCUAGUUCGAUGUUGCUGCUGAUGAAGAAUUAAUUCUUCACUCGACGGAGCUCCAGUAGAUGUUCAGAAGAAAAAAAUGCCUUCGUUAUGAUCUUUUAUUGAUGAAAACUGCGAAUAUUCACCUUUUUUGCAGUUUUGAGCAUGGGUAAUAUAAUAUUUUUGAGAAAUUUUAGGUUUUCCCUUGAUGUAUAUCGUUAAAGAAUGGAAACUUUUGAAUGUUUAAGGAAGUUUAGGUCGUUUUAGGCCAAGGAAUAAUAUUAUAUUGGUUUAAUAUUAUUAUUAACUUCCUUAUUUUGAUAUCAAGACGUUGUUUCAAGGAGUUUUAAAACGUUUUGAUCUAAAAUGUUACAGAUCCAGGUCAAACUCACCUGCAAAUCAAGCGGUUUCGCUCUUUUUUGUUUUUCUUUUUGUUACCUAAUUAUUUGUUUGAACUUUAAAGUAUUUUUAGGUAUCUUAAUAACGUGUUUAUUUACAGCACUGACACAACUUGAUUUUUUAGAUACGAAUUUUAAUUUUUUUAGGCUUAGCGGUUGAGGCUUGUUUCCAAUUAUGACGUCAAACGCUACAGAAACUAAUUUUAGCCUACAACGAAUAAUAAUACUGAAACUAGGAUGCCUAUUUAUUAUAUUUCUAUUCUUUACUACUUAUUCACAAACCUCAAGUGAGGAUGAAGUUUCAUCUCUUUUUAAAAGCAAGGUGAAUAUACCAGCUAAAUGGAGUUAUACCAACUUUUUUGAUAAGAAAAACUUGUUCAGAUCAGCAAAAGAUAAAGAUUAUGAUGAAGAAGGAAGUAGAGCUUCUAGCUGGGGCAAUGGCACUUAUUCAGAGCCAGUAGAUGAGACUGAUCCGAGGCUUCACAAUGAACUACCUCAAGGUGAAGAUGUUGUUGUGUCAGAGGCCGUAAAGAGGUUACCGAUGCCACCGAAGACGAAUAUUUAUUUUUAUCUGAUGACUCAUCCGAGGAAUCAUAAGUCGAAGGUAAUCUAUAGUUAAAUUUUUAUAGAACACGCUUUGUUAUCUAUUCUAACACUACCUCAACGUACCCUAAGCCGCAUUUACAAUGAAAUAGGGCUAUGUUUGAUCAAAAACAAGACAAUACAAGGCUAAACUAGAAAAAAUAUCCACUUUUCUUUCCAUAUUCACCAUUUAGGUCCCAGCAGCCAACCAAACCUGGAUGCAGCACGUUGAUUAUGUUGAAGUACACACUCAUAACAAAAUUGAUGACCAAAACAUACCAUAUGUCACCCUAUACACUGGUCUAAAGGAAGAUAGAAGUGAAUUAUGGUGCAAAAUGAAACGAUCAAUACAAUAUAGUUAUUUGAAUGUGUCAAAGAAAUUCGACUGGUAUGUUAAAGUAGAUGACGAUACCUAUGUCAUCGAUGAGAAUUUGAACAAAUUUUUAAAAGAUUUGGAUCCUAACAGGCCUAUUUAUGCUGGAUUACGGUUGAAACCGUAUGUUGUAAGUUUUUAUUGUUAUUGUGAGUUAGGAUAUGCUAUUUUUUAAGAUUUUCGGGUCUGUUUUUCAACUUUUCGGAUUUUCGUGGUGGGACCCAAAAACAUAAAAAAUAAAAAAUAAUUAAACUCUGUAAAUUUAGUUCUAUUUAUGCCAAUUAUAUGAAUUGUUGUAUGUUUUUAGACCUACUUCCUGAUUUUACAAGUUUUCGUUGUGGGUCCAAAAUUCUAAAAAAAAUUUUAACAAGUGGUUUUAGAAGAACGGCUACAUUGCUGGUGGUAUGUUAAUAAUAAGCCGGAAGGCUGUGGAAUUGCUGGUUUAUAAUGUUUUUCCUCGUACGAACACUUCCUGUAGUUUACACAGGUCAGGCGAUGUUGCGUUGGGAAAGUAAGUGCUAGCUAUGUCUAAGCCUAAGCAUACUAAGCCUAAGCCUACUAAGCCUAGGACUACUAAGCCUAUUAAGCCUAAGCCUACUAAGCUUAAGUCUACUAAGGCUAUGCCUACUUAAGUCACAAAGCCUACUAAUUCUAGGAGUACUAAGCCUAAGCCAACAUUCUAAUUUUUCAAAAAAAAACUAAAAAAAAAUGUUUCAGACAUUUAGAAAAAGUGGACGUAUACCCACUAGCAUCACGAGACAAAGACGACAAAGGAUUGUUUCACAUGUACACGGCUCAUGAAACCUAUAACGGCUAUAACAAUACUCGGAUCAAGUUCGCCAGUUUUUAUAAAGACAAAAUGAAGCCUGGGUAUGAAGAGUUUUCUCGAGAUUCGAUUGCUUUCCAUCAUCUGAAUGUCAAUGAGUUGUAUUUAGCAGAAGUUUUGACUUAUAUCGUCAAAAGGGAUUGA